AGGUCUUGAAGUCAAAGAAUUUGUUAGUCAGCACUUCAGCUCCCAGACUGCCAAUGGCUCAGCCCAUCAGGGAAGAUAUCGUGGAGCAAGCUCCCAUGCCGGCGGCCGAGGAACUGCAGAAAACUCACGCGAAACUCCCCAAGCUGUCGUCGACGAAAAGAAGCAAUAGAGACAGCAUCGGACCGCUGCCGCCCAACUGGCGUCCUUCCUCCAAGGGGCAGACGGUGUCGCGGGCAGCCGCGGCAGCUUUCUGGGGCAUCACCCUGGAGGACGGCGGCUCUGACCUUGGAGAUGAAGAGGACUUCCAAGGAUCGACCGGUUUCCACCGUCGCUCCUCCCAAAAAGCGCAGACGGAGUUCCCCCUUGCGGCGCUGCACGCGGCGACCUCUGUGCCCUUGUCCGAUCUCAAGGAGGCUUGCGGCAUCUUCGGCCGCUUCGUGCGCAGCGACUCCGAGGACAUCACUGAAGCACACCUGGACAUGAAGGAUUUUGAGUCAUUACUCUGCCACGUGACUGGCGUUCAAGAUGCGUCGGAGCUGGCGCCGGAGUUUCUGAAGUCGGCCUUUCACACGGCAGAUCGAAAUUACACAGGUGAUAUCGACAUUUGGGAGUUUGUGACCUGGUACUCUGCCUUCAGCUUCUCUGAAGCCGUAUGCGUCAACAAAUUCGCCCGCGAGACACGCGAUGUGGCGAGGAAACAUGGCAUGAACAUCCUGAACAUCGAGCGCUAUAAGAAGGCCUUCGACCGAUACGACCUCAACAGCAACGGCGUCAUCGAGUUCAGCGAGUUCAAGAACAUCAUCUCGGAUCUGCUGAAGAUCCCCACAGGUCUGGACUUGCCCCAGGAACGGGUGAUGUCCAUGUGGCGCAACGCCGACAAGGAUGGCAGCGGGUCCAUUGACUUCGAGGAGUUUGUUGCGUUUUACGUCAAAGUCUUUGGUGACACCUUCGAGACGGACUUCGAUCCGGUAGCGGACUAUUACCGAAGUAUGCGAAGAAUACAAUGACAUUCAUGGUGGCGAUCUCACCAAUGUGAGUGUUACCACGUGAGGAGGGGAACAGCAAAGGCCUGUAGCGCCAUGAACAACACAACUUCCGGC